ACACAUUCUCGUACCGUGCAAAUGCACACUGUGCACGAUGUGGACGUCUUUGUUCCUUCCAAUUCUCUGUUCUAACCUGGUUUUCUAGUUUUCGACAUACAGAUUAAAUGGAUGAUGAUGACUUAACAGUUACUAGUGCGGCUUUUAUCCUGCUGUGUACACUGAUUAAAAAUAGUAGCAAAAGAAGAAAAAUCAUCCAAAAAACAUCAAAAAAUGUGAUCCGAAUAAAUUCCAAUAGUUCUGUUCAAUUGGAUGAUCCAAAAAUUAAAAGACGUAAAACUCAGUACCGAACAAGAAAAGACGAUUCAGAUGAGGAACAUCCGAUUGUUUAUGAAGAUUACAAAAUAACCAAAGCAGCUUUCAACGACUUGCUGGAGAAAAUUACGGAAAAAAUUCAAAAGAAGGACACGCGCUAUAGACAAUCGAUUAAACCUAAUAUCAGAUUUUUGGCGACGCUGCAUUUUUUAACCAGUGGUGAAACAUAUACCAAGAUGAGACACAGCUGGAAAAUUUCCAAGCAAUCAUUAUCCUCAUUGAUUCCAGAGGUUUGCGACGCUUUGGUGCAAACUCUACAACAUAAUGUUAAGUUACCAAGUGAUGAGAAUGAAUGGUUGGAGGUGGCGAAAAAGUUCGAGCAAAAGUUCGGAAUUCCCAAUUGUAUAGGAUGCAUUGACGUAAGGGAAAGUAUCAUUCCCAACUGGAAUAACAAAUCCUGCGGAGCAAUGUUAACACUUCUCGUUAUCGUCGAUGCCGAUGGAAAUUUCAUGUACGCAGACACGCUGUACCGUGCUGCAAAAGAGAACGAAGGCGAGGAUGAUUGUGAACAGCUCAUAUCAACUCUUAAAAAUCAUUUGAAUAAUAUUCCAGAGGAUCAUCAAAUAAUCGCAAAAUCAUCGAAGGUGCCUUACGUAUUUGUAGGAAAUGACAGUUUCACUGGAUGCAGAAGGGUUUUGACACCAUAUGUUUUGGAUGAUGAAUUUCACAAAUACAAUUAUAAUAGUAAAUUGGAUGCCAUAUUAAAAAUUUCAGUCGAAACUGUGGAACACAUAUAUUCAGUUUUUAAAGUGUUACAAAAAAAGUAUCGUCUUCAAAUGGAUAAUCAAAGGACUGAAUUAAUAUUAAAAACUUGCGUAUGUUUACACAACUAUUUAAGAAAUUGCAAUUCUGCCAGAAAUAUUUACAUGGCCCGUCAGGAAUCAAAUGAACCCAGUAGUUGGUCUAGGAACAUUUCUCCAAAAAAUUGGGAAGAGUGUGAUGCUACAGACGUCGAUAAUAUAAGAAAAGAAUUUUUAAAAUAUUUUAGUUAA